GGAAAAUAAAUUAAAGAUUCCCCCUUCCCAUGUCAUGUCUCCGGCUUGCUUUUUCAGAAACCAGCUUUAGCCAUCGUACUCUCUCUCCCUCUUCAUCUUCAACGUCGCCUUCGUCGUCCUCUGGAUUUUAAUCAGUAACAGCCAUGAACACAGCCCAGUGGCCGCACGAGAUUGUUGUGAAGCCAAUAGAUGAGAUCGUCACAAACACAUGCCUGAAGCCAACUCAGCCGACGCAGACGGCGGCCGAGAGACAGACAAGACCACAGAAGGACCAAGCUUUGAAUUGUCCGAGGUGUAACUCAACGAACACCAAGUUCUGUUACUACAACAACUAUAGCCUGACACAACCAAGAUACUUCUGCAAAACCUGUAGAAGGUAUUGGACUGAAGGCGGGUCUCUCAGAAGCAUCCCCGUUGGCGGUGGCUCGAGGAAGAACAAGAGAUCUUUCUCUUCCUCUUCGAAUUCCUCGUCGUCUUCCUCUCCUUCUUCUCCAAGGAAACAUCUUUCCGUUAGUACAACACAGACCACUGGUACAAACCCUAAGAUCACUAAUGCCCAAGAAGAUAAAGGUCUGAAUUUGGCUUUUUCUCAAGGGAUUGGGAAUGCCCAUGAAGCUCAAGACCUGAAUUUGGCAUUUUCUCAAGGUUUUGUGGAUGGCCACGACAGUGGUUCUGAGUUUCUGCAAAUGCCCAUCAUGAAGAACCCACCGAUCUCAUCGUCAUCUGGUUUAUCUUCUGCUUCUUCGUGUUCUACUUUCAUGGCUUUGCCCACUGCUCAUGAUCCAUCAGUUUACACUGCAGCAGUAUCUGGAUUUGGCCUGAAUUACCCACCAAUGCAAGAAUUCAUGAGACCAGCUUUGGGUUUCUCCCUUGAUCCUGACGACCCUCUGAAUCGGGAAGACGGUUCCAAUGCAACAAACACGAGUGGGAGGCUUCUGUUCCCGUUCGAGAAUCUGAAACUACCAGUUUCGUCAUCAAGUACCAAUAGUGGUAGUGGUGGUGGUAAUGGGAUUGAUAAUCAUCAUCGCCAUGAUCAUCGGGGAAGCAUUGAUGAGCACGAGAAGGAAGAAGAAGCGGACCACUCGGGUGGGUUUUGGACUGGCAUGUUAGGCGGUGGAUCAUGGUGAUUAUAGGAUCAAAAGAUUAUAUUAGGCAUUUCAUUUCAUCAUUAAGGACAUAGGAUAUAUUCAUCUUUCCGAUUAGAUAAAAUGUAUAACCUGAUCAUGGUUUAGGGGGAGUUUUGUUCUAUUAAAAUUUACCGGCCAUGUUACACAAAUGGAUAUACGUUGGAUUCUACACUUCUCCAUGGAAGUAGUUCAA